GGCAGGAACUAACGCGACGACCGCUGCUCUCUCCUUUAUUCGUGUAUCGACGAGAGUUCGUUUCGGGCCCGGGCACGUGUCCAAGAGACACGAGACGAUCGAGCUGAGACUUCGGUCGAACAAUCUCGUUCGCGAUAUCGACCAGUUUCUUGGAAAAAUUAAACAAAAUUUUCACUGAAGCAAAAUUCUUUUUCUCCUCAAUCACUCAAUUAAUCUGUCACUUUGAUUUUCGUUACUUUUCUAUGAUUUUCAUUCUUGCGAAAUUCCAUCCAAUAAAGCUUUCAAUUAUUCGAAUAAAAUAUUCUUCUGAAUAUUCUUCUUUGACGAAUUUAAAAAACCAACGAAUUCAGGUAAUUGUGCGCGAUACUCGAAGUUUGUGAAUAAUCAUUUAGCCUCAAGAUCGUGAUAACGAUGAAACCUCUCGUGUCUCGAGCGAAUCUGGCCGUGUGAAUCGUUGCUUAAAAAUUUAAAAAACGUGUGCUCUCUUCUCGUCCCCCUCGCUCCGGGGUUGAGAAUUUUUGUGCUUUUUUCUCCUCGCCGCACUCGUUGAGGAGCGUCGAGGAAAAUAUUUAUUCGACGAGCCUGUGCGACAUAGAUCGAUGCAGUCUUUGACCUCGGACGUACCGCACGAGACUCGGAAAAAAUAUCGGAUUACAUCCGGAUUAUUGCAGGUGUAAGGCAUGUGGGGACCAGUCGAAAAGACCGACGACGCGAAAAGUGCAGCGGCAGACGAAGGAGAAAAAGGGAGAACAACGGAGACGGUGGGACGCAGAAUGACGCGUUCCUUAAGUGGAUAGAGCUUACUUUCUCGGUGUUUCCGCACGCCGGAUGCAGCACACAAGGGGCAAGCGGUUUUCGCCGCGGUUCAGCACUAUGCUUUGCCAUCGUACCCUCGCCCUCCUAUCGAUUGUCAGCGUGCCAAUCGUGACGGGCUUGGGUCCAGACUUCCUUUACCCUUUGGAGAACGUAACGAUCCCACAGGGUCGUGACGCGACGUUCACAUGCGUGGUGAACCAUCUCGGUGGAUACCGGGUGAGUCCUUCCUCCUACGCGAGUGGAGAUCACAGUGGCGCCAAGGCCCGGGUCGCUUGGAUGAAGGCUGAUACAAAGGCGGUUUUGGCGAUUCACGAACACGUUAUCACGAACAAUGGGCGUCUUGCGGUUACGCACAACGACUACAAUACGUGGACCUUAACUAUCAAGAGUGCAAAGCCCGAGGAUCGGGGUGUUUACAUGUGUCAGGUCAACACGGAUCCCAUGAAGAGUCAGAGUGCUUAUCUCGAAGUGGUGAUUCCGCCGGACAUCAUUUACGAAGAAACGUCGGGAGACUUGAUGGUGCCGGAGGGUGGCUCAGCGAAACUCGUGUGCAAAGCCCGCGGUUACCCCAAACCUGAAAUAGUAUGGCGACGCGAAGAUCGCGGCGACAUUAUUGCCAGGGAUACGACUGGCGGACCCAAAACAAGACUCUCAACAGUGGUCGGCGAAACUCUUACGUUAUCAAAAGUAACGAGAAGCGAGAUGGGAACGUACAUGUGCAUUGCGAGCAACGGAGUUCCACCGUCGGUCAGUAAGCGGAUGAUGCUCCACGUUCACUUUCAUCCGAUGAUCCAAGUGCCAAACCAGCUGGUAGGAGCCCCAAAGGGGACAAACGUCACGUUGAUCUGUCACGUGGAAGCUUCGCCCAAAGCAAUCAACUACUGGACCCGGGAGACGGGUGAGAUGAUAAUCAACAAUCACAAAUACUCCAUGACAGAGGAGAAACUUUCCGUCUACAGCGUUCAGAUGCGACUAAUCAUUCGUAAUCUCCAAGCAAACGAUCUUGGAGGCUACAAGUGCAUCUCGAAAAAUUCAAUAGGAGACGCGGAGGGUAACAUACGUCUUUACAACAUCAGGCAACCGGAACAUUCGAAGAAAACUGGUGACACUCUCGAACCCGAAGAAACGAACGAGGCCCGAGAUCACCGAGGCCACAGACUCAACCAUGUUUAUCAAGGCUCGUUGAGAGAAACAGGUUCGACGAUAGAGACGCCUUCGGAGUCGGAAGAUUCAUCAGCCGCGUCGAGCAACACGGAAAGAUUUCGAUCUCUCGCUCUCGGGAUCCUUUUCAUCGCCUGCUACAAACUCUCCCUGUACCAUACGUAAACUAACUUAAUGAUAGCUCGUGUCUUUGCACGCGGGACUGUCUCACCUGAGUUGUAAGCGGGUGCGAAUCGCGCCUUCGGAGUUUGCUCUUCGAAGCGUCGUUGCAAACGUACUCGCGUCAAUUUCGAACUUCCGGUGCAACUUCCGGCAAGGUAAGAAGUCAUAUUUUCGUCUUUCUCACUUUUCCUUUUCCCUCGACUGACUCAUGACGCUGAAAGUGUGGUGAAGUUUCAUCUAUCGAUUAUUUAAAGAAAAAACAAAAAUGGACGUUGACGAUUCAAGAUUUUAUCGAAUGUUUAAGCCUCUUGGUUUUGGCCGGACGCUAUUGUUCUGGCGAGAAAGAAUAUUUCCUCUUCCUCAUUCUGUCGCUUGGCGAAUUCCGCAUUCUCCGGGCCCGUGAAUUUAUCGAAAUACUGGCACGAGAUACAAAAAGAAACUAAAUCCCAUUUUAAAGGCGAACUUUAAACGGACGACGAUUUAAUAACGAGCGAAUAAAUCGUGUUCCGAGUCACACCAAUCACUCAUAUUCCGAAUCAAGAGACGCAGUUUUGUGAGAAAGUGAAAAAACUGUGGUAAUUUAGUGAUCAUUCAAUUAUCAUAAUACAUCAACGUGCAUUAUCGUUCCAAGUCGUUCGCGACUCCACGAAUACGUCGUAAUCGGAAAACUGAAAUAUCGGUUUUCCCCGAUUCGACGAUUAUUCACUUCGAGGGGCUGCUGCUACUGCGCCGCUCCGGUCACGAUAUUAUGCGAUUUAACGAAUAAAUCGCGAUUCUCGUGGGUGGAGUGACAAUGAUUUUUUAUUUUAUUUCUCAUAUGAAUUUCAAUCCUGAUAUCCCAAAGAGUAUAUGAUUGAAUUGAUUGCUUGAAAAAUAAUUCGCAUCUGUAAAUAAAUAUCGUCUGCAAUGAAAAAAAAUAAAGCGCUCGUAAAUUUCAUUAAAUGUUUCGACGCAGACGUCGCAGUGGUCUUGUUUCGAUGAUUUUCUUUUCACUUUCGUUCCAUUACGAACUGCCCGCGAGUGAUCGAGGAAAAUAGAGUUUUUCAUUAGAAUACAUUUCAUUUUGUGAAAAAUAAUAUUUGCUCGAAUCGAAUAAAAUUUAUACCGAACAAGCAGAUCAAUUUUUACAUUUUGUGUGAAUGCGAGCGUGUGUCCCUGUGUAUGUGUCUGCAUUUCCGGAGGUCGGUAAACACAAACAUUUCGUUCAUCGUUACCGAUACCGUUACACAUAUAUUUAUAUAAAUAUAUAUAUAGUUACUACAUGAGUACUUUCUCUCUUUUCGAGAGUAUCCAUGCUGAUGCGCUUGUAAUAUCAUGUAAAAUGGUCCGGCACCUUUUUUGCAUCGUACGUGUAAUUUGUAAAUAAUCAUUGUUCUCGUUCGUGUGGGUGUGACCGAUUGUAGAGAAUUGAAAAAAGUAUUAUUUUUACACAAUCGAAUAACGCAGCAUUAAUUAUUGUUUAAUUUCAUAUUUACUGGGAAGAAUAUGACACUGGCUGGUUUAGCCCAAAUUUAACGACGAACGAAAGAAUACUGUAAAAAUGAUUGUUGUGUUAAAAAAAAAAAACAAAUGAUUAAUUCCGAUGUGGCGAUUCGAUAUUUCGAAGCGUGGAUUUGGUUAGCGCUCUUGAUUUAAAAAAAAAUACUAAUUUUCGAGAUAAUCAAAAUGAUUCUUUUGAGCGUUAUGGAAAUCGAGAAUGCGAUGUGUGUUAUAUGCGAGAAUAUACCGAAGAAUUGUGAAACUACCCCAAGUACGUACGUAACUCUUAAGCUUAUACAUAUCCUGCAUAGCCGAUAUCAAACCUGUAGAUAAAACGCGAUGCCUGCGACGAGAGAAAGAGGCACACGAGGACGUAAUUAAUAUUUUCAUGGAUCAAUAUAUGAGUCUGGAGAAGAUUGUUGUGAGACGUGUAUCAAUAAAGUAUAAAAAUAUAAACAAUGUUCCCAAA